CUCAGUGCUGGCCGCGUCGCCCCCUCGUCGACAACUCCACGUCGUUGCGCCGCUCACCAGUCUGGCGCUCUCCGGGCUCCGGCCGUCCCGCCGUCCCGAGCAUGACCUGGGAUGACCUCGCUCCAACCCGGGCCAGGAGAGGUCACCAGCCGAUCGGAGCCGCGUGCCCAAGCACCGGGCAGUGUUGGGUUGCUCCGUCGCGGCCCUGCCCGGUGACCUAAGUUACCGUUGUUGUGUUACUACUACUACUUCUACUUCUACUACUACUACUACUACUACUACUACUACUACUUCUACUACUGUUGUUGUUCCUGCUACUACUCCUGCUCCUGCUGCUGGUUCUGCUGCCUCCUGCCCCGUCAUGUGACGUCAGCAGGCCCAUACUGCUCUGUUGGAACUGUUACUUUGGUACUUGACUUGUGACGCCGACCUGUUGAUGCUCGUUCCUCUGGCGUGACCUCCUCGUAGGCCAUGAUGACCUGCGCCACGGUGACGUGACCCGCGGGAUGGUGGGCAGCAGGUGGCGGGGGCGGGGCAGGCGGCAGCAUCCUGAGCUAAGCCUCGGGGGUCUCUGCGGCGCCCUCAGGUCGCCCCUUCCGUGCCGGCUGCCUUGGGUAGCCCUCCGCCUGCUGUAGCGCCCCAGGGCGACUCUCGGGCGAGUGACCCAUGUUGUAUACUGUCCCCGCUCAGCCGUAGGGCGUCAGUACUAGCAUGGUGGGGAAUGAGCGAGGAAUGUGGUGGUGGUGGUGGUGGCGAUGGUGGUGUGUGGUGGUGGUGCUCUCCGCCGUCCUGGGACGCUCUCAAGCCUACAGCAGCACUUACUCCGCCUCGGGCUUCAGCAAGAACGUCACCAACCUGCUGGACAGCCUGCUCGCCAACUACGACAGACGGAUUCGCCCGGGCCACGGAGGUCCGCCCACAACAAUAAUGGUCAACAUGAACGUGAGAUCAAUGGGUCCCUUCUCCGAGAAACAAGAGUCAUACUCUAUGCAACUGUACCUGCGUCAAGUGUGGUUCGACCCUCGCCUUCGGUUCAACAAAACGGACCUCGGCGAGACGGAGUUCUCUAUGAAUUGGAUGUUUGCCGCCAAACUGUGGAAGCCCGACACCUUCUUCAUCAACGGCAAGAAUUCCUACGCCCACAAGAUCACAGCGCCCAACACCUUCAUCCGCCUGCAGCACGACGGCCAGAUCACGUGGUCCCUCAGGCUCACCGUCCGCGCCACUUGCAAGAUGCACCUGCGCAAGUUUCCGCUGGACACCCAACUGUGCCCGCUCAGCCUCGCCUCGUACGGGUACAACUCUCAGGACAUGGUGUACAAGUGGGCGCCCUCCACUGUCACGGUCGACCCAGACGUGAGCAUCGCCCAGUACGAACUCUUCAAUAUCUCCACUGGCAAGGACAAGAUCGUGGUGCAGCGGAAAGAAAACAGACGCCCAGAAGAGAUCUCAAUCUUGAGCGUCAAGUUUCACCUCAAGCGCCUGACGGGGUUCUUCUUGCUGCAAGUGUACGUGCCCUGCAUCCUCAUCGUGUGCUGCUCUUGGGUGGCCUUCUGGAUCACCAAGAAAGACGUGCCUGGCAGAGUAUGUCUAGGUAUCACCACCAUCCUAACUCUAACCAAGAUGGGGUUUGUUGAUCGCACGUCAUUGCCCAAACUCGCAUACCCGGUGGGCAUGGACUACUUCGUGAUCCUCUGUUUCACAUACGCCUUCGCCGCCCUCUUCGAGUUCGCCAUGAUAAACUACCUGGAGCGGAGGGCCACGAGGCACCAGCGGCAGAUGGUGCGGGCCAAGAAAGGCAUAGAGGACCGUGCUAAAGCCGGGAGUGCUGAUGACGAGUUGACACUGGCGGCGGAGAAGGACGCCACGAUGAUGGUGACGACGACGGUGCGGGAGGAUGGCGCCGUGGACAUCGGCGCCUCGCUCAGAGACACCCUACGCGUGCCGCUUUCCGUCGUGCCCUUGAGUGUUCGGCCCAUCGAGGAAGACGAGGUGGCAGAAGCGGGGACUCCAGACACCGAGACCACGCUGAAGGAGGCGCUGAAGCUGCCUCUGGCACUGGUGCCCGAGACCCUCACCGCCAUGAAGGAGAGGGAGGAGGAGCUGGCGGCCAAGAAGGAGGAGCUGUCUGCCAAGAAGGAGCAGGAGGCGAGCAAGAAGGAGGAGGUGGUGAGGUUAAGGAGUGCCGCCGCGUCCCCGGUGCGGCAGGAGGGGGAGGAAGACAGCGGCAGUGGCGGGAUGGACGCCAGUGUGGUGAGCGGAGAGAUAGACCCAAUGCUGGGCAGUGUCAGGGCGGGGCUUCCUCUCUCUGGGAGCGACAGUGGUAGUGUAACCAGCAAAGGCAGCCUCUUUAAGUUUAAGAAAGAUUCCAAACUGAAGAAAGACAAGUCACAGGACAGUGAGAGUGACUUGACAGUGAUCAAAGUAGAGAUACAGUCAGAGGACGAGGACACCACCGCGCUGCCGCCACCCCCACCACCUUACACUAUCUGGCAAAUUCUUAUGCGCAAGAAAAAACUCAUAUCCGAAAUGUCACUCACUAACAACAUCCCCACGGAGGAAGACAUCCUGGAGCGCUUCUCCAUCAUUGACCUGUACGCGCGCCGCCUCUUUCCCACCUCUUUCUUCAUCCUGUUCACCAUCUACUGGGUCCUCUUCAACUACUACAUCACAGACGAGUUCCCGCACGAGGAUGUGCCCACCGAGAGCCUCGAUAAGGGCAGCAAUUAACCGUGAGUCGUGAGGGCGUGACGACCCUCGCGACAGUUACCAAUGAGGCGCGUAGGCGUGGCUUUCCUCUCGGUCAUGUUCGCUUACCGGGGAAGACAUCCCGCCCGGAGCUGUCAGACCGUCGGGGCUUGGCGGCCCCCGGACUACGGCGCGAGAGCGGAGUGGACAGUGCGGGUGAGUGCAGACCUUACGUCGGGAGCCGAACGGUCCAUAAGAUACAAUAUAAUGGCGUUUCCUUGGGCACAGUGACCUAGAGAAGUGACGCCAGCCAUCCAGUCACAGCAGGGAUCCUGUUUCACAUUCACCAUCUGCCUGUGGUCACUCACUCUCGUCCCUCUCACCUUCCUUCCCUCUAGAUGCUGCACUCACCGUCGACAACACCAUAGUUACUCAUUAUACUUCAGAUGUAGCUAUAACAGUAUAUAAUCCACAUAUAUAUGUAACCAGUGGUAUAUACUCGUAUACAUAUAUACAUACAUACAUAAAUGUGACGACCCAAGACAUCCAUCAUCAGUCAGUAAACUUUCACACCCACCACACUCCCAUGUUAGACGCGUAGGAGCAUAGAUCACGUGACAUCAUCCUCAUCAUUGCUGCACAAGUAUAUUGCAAGCUCAGCUGAGUUUUGCAAUAUAAGUUAUUCCAUUCAGAAAAGGAAACAACGGAAUUCUGUGUACAGAAUGCGACACCGAGGACCAAACCUUCGCUCACCCGUCAAGGACAAAAUCUUCAACAUCACCACACCAGUCUCGGAUCAGAUCACUCACCUAUGGGCUUUCCUGAACCGAUGGCGGGCUUUUCAAAGCUGCCGACACACACACUCACCUCCCGCGUCGGGGACGACCGAUCCGAGGGGGCCUAAGCAGGUGGCUCCUUCACGAGGCAGUUGUUGGCUUCGCUGCAUUGCGACCACUGGUUCAUGGGUUUAGGGGGCGGCGCACCAAGCUUUCUUAGCAUCUUCAGGAAGGUCUCGGUUUCUUAGAUGUGGGUUUUGAUUACUUUUUUGUAAAACACCUCAAAGGAUUAGAGAAAACACGUCACGAUCAUCAUAUAUAUAUAUAUAUAUAUAUAUAUAUAUAUAUAUAUAUAUAUAUAUAUAUAUAUAUAUAUAUAUAUAUAUAUAUAUAUAUAUAUAUAUAUAUAUAUAUAUAUACAAAACAUGAUUAAUAAUGACAAGCGUCCACUUCUGAGCCAAGGCCUCCCUAAUCUCUUCCUCUUCGGUGAGUGACAGCACCGCGUCAGUCUCUGCCACUUCUUCCUUCACACUCUACAGUCUCACGUCUCUACCUCCCGCCUGGUCUCCUACUCUCCUCCUCUCACCUCUGGGACGCAGUCAGUCAGACUAACGCCCCGAUGCUCCUGCAGUCACGUGUCCAGCCCACCUCCAUGUUUGCUCAUUUCUUGGUGGGACGUCGUGGAGGCCUUCACCGCGGUGGCGGCGGGCCUGGUGGUGGUGGUGGGCGCGGCCCCGUGGCCCUGCCCUUCGCUCCGUCUCACCAUCGGUUCCCUUCAUCUCCAUCUGAAUUAUGAAGAAAUUAAAACCAGAAGCUGAACAUAGUACAUAGUAUACAUACGUGUAAAUAAAUAACAUUUAUGUUAAGAAUCAUUGUCUCAUAGAAAACGGAGCCUUCUAUAUGAGUACUUUAUGUGUAAGGAACUUGUUAACAAGUAUGAUGAUUCGUAGCCAUUAAGUCAUUAAGUCACGCCGAAACCUCAUCUUGUCAGUCAUGUCUUUCGGGGUUAGGAGCGAAACUGACCGAUCAUGUUGGGAUACGAACCCUGUGCCGAGACUGAGCCCCUCGCUGCAGGGUUCAAGGCCACAAACCCAAACAGUUGAUGCAUUUUUUUACCAAAACCUUCAGGGGGGAGGGGAAGUGUUUUAUAACAUUUUGUUCUUAUCCCUGAUCACCCCAUUCUGUUUUUGUCUUUGUUUCGGUCUCUAAAAAUGUCUGGUUGGAAUUUCCUUCUCCAUUUCUUUACAAAAAGCAGUAAUGCAAGAUACAGUAGGUCACCUGCAAACUAUUUUUCGUUCGCCAAUGAUUAAGCGUAAGCAAACGUUUGUGACUGAGGAGGGCUGAGCCUCUCCACUAGGACUGUGACAGUCUUCUGGCGGCGCACGGUGUCUUCCACUCGAGCACCACGCGAUGCCAAACACUGAGUCCAUGAGAAUGCAAAGUGAUAUUUCCUCCACGCUCCUCUGAUUAGAUAUGGAAAUUUAUCUACAGUUACUGAAAAAAAGAGCUUGCAAUUUUACUUUCCUUGCCACGUUCCUCGUCUGACAGAUCAUUCAGUACUCAGUUGAUCAGAAUUGAUACAACUACCAUGCUUCUCUCAUUAACAUCUCAGAACAAUAACAAUUGGCUUUAACAGACAUUUGUCCAACCCUUCAAUGAUUUACCAGUGAAAAACGAUUCGUGUCCUGAUGGAAGAUUUCACUGGUGUCAGUCACGCUGGUGGUGGUCCUGUCACGCCAUGCCAGCCACCUCAUGACCCUGGAACAAAGAAAAACUGUUACGGCGAAGCUCAAUAACUCUCUGUUUCUCUGUCUCUCUCUUGCUUGAUCUAGUUUUCUAAAUGAGUUGGUUCCUAGUUUCUGGAGAUAAUUAGUGUAAGAGAAACUUUAAGACUUUCAAAUGACAAAAGUUUCCUCUCGUUUCUCAUUGUUAUAAAUAUAGGAUGUUGUUGUUUCGUUCGUUUGUUUGUUUGUUUGUUUGUUUGUUUGUUUAAUUGUUUGAGCAGUACAUCCCUGCAUCCACGUCAGUCACUAAGUUAUUAAUGCAUCACCAUUCGUACAGUGCAUACCGUUACCCUCACUUUUCAGUUGGUCACCUGAUCACAGACGCAACUUUUCCAUUGAUUCUAGUGUAGAUCUCAUCAUAGUUUUUUUUUUUUUUAUCAUUUGUACUUCAAAAAAAUUGUAGAAACCCCUCAAUUAUGUUGCUCAAUCAUCCAUCACCUGUUUUGCUCUACUCGUCCUCAUCCUUUUGUCCACCAUCCUUAUGCCACACACACACACACACACACACACUCUCUCUCUCUCUCUCUCUCUCUCUCUCUCUCUCUCUCUCUCUCUCUCUCUCUCU